AUGCCUACCAUGGUGAUGUCGCAACUCCCAAAAAUUACGGCAGAUACUUCGAUUCGUAAACGCCAGAAAACUAAAAGCGACAACAUUAUGGCGAUAAGCUACAUGUACGUCGGCAACCCGAAAAAGAAGUCCGAGUUCUUUGUAAGAGAGCGAUUGGUGUACCGACCGAGCGUUGAAGUAACGUACGAAGAUGUGUUCAGUUACUUGAGCAGCAUCACCAGCGACGACACCAUUUCCUUGCACUAUUCAGUUAAUGGUUUGUAUGUACCAAUCACGACUACUGGACAACUGCAUACAUUCCUUCGUCAUGUGCAUAAUGACCCAACAGUCUUUUUGUAUGUCGAGAACCAAGAAUAUGUGUGGAACGUCACCCCACAAAGCAACACUCACAAGAUGGAGAAGAGAGUACCAGCUGGUGGCGCUGCUCCAGCUGAAAGUGCAGGCGAUCCAUACGACUCUAUGGAGGACGAGGAUGAAGAGGAAGGCGAGGAGCUCAGUGAAGAUGAUAGAAGUCAUCAAGACGAAGAUGUCGAUGAAGGAGAAUAUACUGACGAAGAACGUCUCGCGCCUAUUCUCACGGACCCCGCUGCCCCUGUCGUGUUUGGAGAGAAAAUUCCGGUGAAAGAAGCAUUUGUGGAUCCGAGACGGCGCAUGAUCUCGCAAGGAAGACAUCAUGGGUCCGCAGAAGAACCGCAGGAAUUGAAGAACGGUGGUUGCCCAGAGGUUGGAUCUCCAAAGAAAAAUGCUCCAGAUGUUAAAAAACCUGUUUCAGCUCCUCGUCUUCCUAGCAAAAGAUGGACUACCGCAGAUGCCUUCAAUCAAGUUAAGGCAGUUCUAUCGGAUGGUAUCACUACUGGAAAAAUGGGAUCCGCGCCGGAACAAGUCGCGGAACUGGUGGUUCUCAAUGUCUGGAACCCGAAAUUUCCACUCGAUGUGCAAGUUCUGAAAAAUACUGUUGCUCUUCUGAAGCAUAGCAUUGGCACUGGCAUUGUUUGCUAUUACAAUCAACUCAUGGAAAGAUCUGAUUCAAGCCUAGCGAAAAAAAAUGAUAUGCCGGUUGACAAAAUGCCACUAGACAAAAUGGAUUUACAGAAUCAUGAUGACGAGUUCUUGUCUCAAUUUGUUAACAGUGCUAUCAUUGCGGCUAUUGAUAUGCUCGAAAGUGUUCAACAUCUUGCUCAUCUUCAGAAUGAAUUUGACUAUUUCGACAAGCUGAAUCAAACGGCUAGUGAGAAAAACUUCGCUCAAGAACACUUGCCAUCAGCUAGAGAAUUGGAGGAGCACCUGAGAGUUGCAGUAUCAUCCGCUCACUACGGCUUCAAUAUUCCCAGCCCGUUGUUCGUAUCACCAUGUGAAUGCAAGGAGGCUAUUCGUUUGGUUACAUGUGAACUGCAAAAGCUUCUAUGUGCUAUGAGGACCAACAACAAAAAGACAUCCACAUCAUUGGACAUCCAAGAAAUGCUACUUUUCAUUAUCGAAAGUGCACACAAAAUUAUUCAAAGAUUUACGAAGAAAGUGUGUCCAGAACACAAAACAAUCGAGCUGGCAUACCGCGAUUCGGAGGAAAAGAAGUGGGAGAAAGAUAGUGUCACUCACGAUAAAUGGAUCAAGCUAGGCCUUGUCGGCGAAAGCCGCCUUAACAUUCCGCUGUAUUGUUUCGACUUACCAGUAGAGCAACCACCACCAUUCACAAUGAAACCUGAUGAUGGAUCACAGACCGCUGUCUCCCAAAACAAUUCAACAAAUGGUUGCGAAAGUAGUACGCUUCAGGCAGUUUUGCCUGAUUCCGAGUCACCACCUCAAAACUUGGCUGGUGCCGAAACAACUCUCCCUGCAAUUGAGAAAUUGUCUACCAAUGACCCCGAGGAAGUCAAAAAUUCUGGACAACCGCAAUCCAACGCCGCUGCCCCUGCGGUAAAACCUUCAACAACAAACACAAAUACAUCUACAACUACCACAUCGACUGGUGAAGCAGCAGGUGGGGGCACGGCUACUAUUUCCAAAAAAAUGAGUCCUGAAUUGCAAGCAAUGGUUGAUAAAAUGGUAAGUAAUAUUAACUCUGAACGUUUCAUCUUAGCCAAUUUUCAGUUUAAAAAUGUUCAAACCCCGCACAACUUUGUAUACCCGCCACAGCCAAAACCAGGAGCUAUUCUCAUUCCCACUGGAGGUUUGGCUCGCUGCAGAUGCUCCAAAAAUUGUCCUGAAUUCCUUAUGGAGCCAGCCUACGAGUAUAUGGAACGUUUCAAUGAGCCUCGUCAGACUGUUUGGGAGAAAACCAAGCAGAAGCGUUUCAAGAAGAACUAG